GCGGCGGCACGGCCGGGAGCCGCGGCGGAGCGCGGGGCGGCGGGGCCCAGGCCGCGGGGCGGCGCGGGGCGCGGGCGCCGAUCUCCGAGCAGGCAGGAUGAGCACCAAGGCCUUUGCGCUGGUCCCCGCGGUGGAGCGGGAGCUGCUGAUGGGCGACAAGGAGCGCGUGAACAUCGAGUGUGUGGAAUGCUGCGGCAAGAACCUCUACGUGGGCACCAGCGAUGGCUUCAUCGUCCACUUCCUGCUGGAGGAGCAGCCGCUGCCCGCGGGCACGGCCACCUUCACGGCCACCAGGCAGCUGCGCCGGCACCUGGGCUCCCGGAAGCCGGUGGAGGAGCUGCGGGCGGCGUCGGCCCUCAGCCGGCUGCUGGUGCUCUGUGACAGCUGCAUCACACUGCUGCACAUGACGAGCCUGGAGCCCGUGCCCUCGGGCGCCCGCAUCAAGGGGGCCGUGGCCUUCUCGCUGAACGAGAACCCCGUGAGCGGGGACCCCUUCUGCGUGGAGGUCUGCAUCAUCUCCACCAAGCGCAGGACCGUCCAGCUGUUCCUGGUCUACGAGGACCGCGUGCAGAUCGUCAGGGAGGUGCCCACCCCCGAGCAGCCGGUGGCCGUGGCGGUGGACGGCCACUUCUUGUGCCUGGCCCUGACCACCCAGUACAUCAUCCUCAACUAUAGCACAGGCGCCUCGCAGGACCUGUUCCCCUACUGCAGCGAGGAGAAGCGCCCCAUCGUCAAGCGGAUAGGGCGGCAGGAGUUCCUGCUGGCUGGCCCUGGAGGGCUAGGCAUGUUUGCCACCGUUGCUGGAAUAUCUCAGCGUGCGCCCGUGCGCUGGUCAGAGAAUGUGAUCGGGGCCGCCAUCUGUUUCCCGUACGUCAUAGCCCUGGACGACGAGUUCAUCACAGUCCACAGCAUGCUGGACCAGCAGCAGAAGCAGACCCUGCCCUUUAAGGAAGGCCACAUCCUACAGGAUUUUGAAGGAAGAGUGAUUGUCACCACGAGUAAAGGAGUUUACGUCUUGAUUCCGUUACCUCUGGAGAUGCAAAUCCAGGAUCUCCUCGCCAGCCGGAGAGUGGAGGAGGCGCUGGUGUUAGCCAAAGGAGCUCGGAGGAACAUCCCAAAAGAGAAGUUUCAGGUCAUGUACAGGCGGAUCCUGCAGCAGGCGGGCUUCAUACAGUUUGCACAGCUUCAGUUUCUGGAAGCCAAAGAGCUCUUCAGAAGCGGCCAGCUUGACGUCCGGGAGCUGAUCUCUCUCUACCCCUUCCUGUUGCCCACCUCCUCUUCAUUCACACGGUCUCACCCGCCUCUCCACGAGUAUGCAGACCUCAACCAGCUGACCCAGGGGGACCAGGAGAAGGUGGCCAAGUGCAAGCGCUUCCUCAUGAGCUACCUGAACGAAGUCCGCAGCACGGAGGGCGCCAACGGCUACAAGGAGGACGUGGACACGGCCCUGCUCAAGCUCUACGCGGAGGCGGACCAUGACAGCCUGCUGGACCUGCUGGUCACCGAGAACUCCUGCCAGCUGAGCGACAGCGCCGCCUGGCUGGAGAAGCACCGCAAGUAUUUCGCCCUGGGGCUGCUCUAUCACUAUAAUAAGCAAGACGCGGCGGCCGUCCAGCUUUGGGUGAACAUCGUGAAUGGGGACGUGCAGGACGCCACCCGCACGGACCUGUAUGAGUAUGUCGUCGAUUUUCUCACCUACAGCUUGGACCAGGAGCUCGUGUGGAAGUACGCUGACUGGGUCUUACAGAAGAGCCAGGAGGUCGGAGUGAAAGUGUUCACUGAGAGACCGUUGGAUGAACAGCAGAACAGCUUCAAUCCCAACGACAUCAUCACUUGCCUUAACAAGUACCCCAAAGCCCUUGUCAAGUAUCUGGAGCAUCUAGUUAUGGACCAGAGACUACAGAGGGAAGAGUUCCACACGCGCCUCGCGCUCCUCUACCUAGACCAGGUGCUGCAGCAGCGGCCCCCGGACGGCGGCCACGGGGCCGAGGCCCCCGAGGUGCAGAAGAAGCUCCGCCUCCUGCUCCAGAGAUCCGACCUGUACCGAGUCCACUUUCUGCUAGAGCGGGUGCGCGGCGCCGGGCUGCCCCUGGAGCGCGCCAUCCUGCACGGGAAGCUGGAGGAGCACGCCGAGGCGCUGCGCAUCCUGGCGCUGGAGCUGCAGGAUUUCACGGCGGCCGAGGACUACUGCACGUGGCGCUCGGAGGGCCGCGACGCCGCCUACCGCCAGCGCCUCUUCCACUCGCUGCUCAGCCUCUACCUGGGCGCCGAGCAGUCCGUGGCCGCCGCCGACCUCCUGAACCGCCACGCGGCCGAGUUCGACGCGGCGCAGGUGCUGCCGCAGCUGCCGGGCACGUGGUCGGUGCAGCUGCUCUGCCCGUUCCUGAUGGGCGCCGUUCGGGACAGCGUGCACAGCGGCAGGAACGCACAAGUCGCCGUGGGCCUGGCCCGCGCCGAGAACCGGCUCUACAAGUACGAGAAGAUGAAGCUGAAAGGAAGCUCAGUUCGGCUCUCAGACAAAAAGCUUUGCCAGAUGUGCCAGAAUCCCUUUUGUGAGCCCGUGUUUGUCAGAUACCCUAACGGUGGCCUUGUGCAUACCCAUUGUGCGGCUGGCAGACACCGGAGCCCCAGCCCCCCCACCCCUGGCCCUCGGACUUGAAGCAGCCCGCCAGGGCGCUGGGGGUCCCACGUUCUUCACCGAGCUGACAGGGUGCAGAGAGCAGAGUCAGGGCAGCCUGGGCCCAUCAGGACAGAGAGAUGGCACGUCCGGGUGCUGCCCGUAGCUCCACACUGAAUGUAAACGCACAACCACCUCCCCCUCCACCACCUCCCCAGGGAGACGGCAGGAGGGGGCAUCCACAGAGCCCAGCUGCCGCCCAGCAGGACGUGCGCCUGCACAUGUGACCGACCGCCCUAGCCCUGCCUCCAGGUUCCUGUUCAUUUGCACUGGAAACGUCGAUGGCCAGCGACGAGGCCCUCUCCUCUGUCCCCCCUCCUGGCCCCCUCCCCCCUUCCGUGAGCCUGGGGCUGCCUCUCCUGCAGAUGCUUCCACCCACUCUGCUCACACCACACCCCUCCUGCAUCCCCAGAGACUGACCACAGCACUCCCCGUUGGGCUGGUGGCUGUGCCUAGCCGCCUUGCAGGUGGCCCUGGGGCCAGGGAGAGCAGCUGCCCCACCAGGGGGAGGGGGUGGGAUGAGAACCCUGAGGGGUGAGGCGCACCGUCUUACCAUCUACUGAUCCCAAACUCCACAGUGAACACGUUCACUCAGCAUCACCUUGGUCAUCUGUCCUAGUUAGGGGACUCAGUAUGUCAUGUUCCGGAGGGAGGGACUUUUUUUUUUUUUCUUUUCAUUACAACGCUACCUUCCGUUCAACACUUGGGGAAUGAAAAGGGAAAUGUUUCGAGCACAAAUAUGUGGAUUUCAGGAGCAGUGUGAGCAAGGCGCAGGGCAGGGGGAUGGCUGCCAGUGUCUGUCCCCAGGGACAUCCUGCCUGGCAGCCACUGCCCACGCCUGUGGGGGAGCCCCACCCUUGGCCUUACCUCCCUGCACUUUACAUGCCUGGUCCCGCAGAUCCUGAAGACAUAGGAAAAUGCCUCUUGUGCAUCCCUGUUCAGGGACUGAUUUUAUGUUACACUGCCCUCUGAAUUUUUUCAUUGUGAUUCUCAAUUCUCUUAGGAACAGACAAGAAAGACACUGGUCAUCUUCAUCGUCGAUCUCAACCCCACCCCCCAACACACACACACACACACACACACAACACUCACACUAGCCUUGGCAGGCAAGCAUUUGUUCUGCAGUUCUGGCCUGAGCCUUACUGAGUGGGGAAGCACAUUGUCGUUUCUUUGAAAAAUCUAUUUCUGUACCAGUAAUGGUCAGUGUUCUUCCUUUGGAGACUCAGGAUGGGCCAAGAGGGCAGAGCCAUCCGUGCAUUCUUUGAAAUAUGUGUCGCAGUUGUCUGAAGAAGAAAUGAAGACAUUUCCCUUGAAAUCGCCUAUCUGCCAUGUCAGUUGUCUGACUUUCCAAGCCUGCUCAAAUUGUAUGUGCCCUGUGAAUGACUUAGGGAACGAUGGUGUGACGGUGUAUAUUAUCAUUCCAACUUGUGCGUUUGAAUGAACUUUUCAAAGAACAAGUUACCAGUAAUGCAAUAUUGCACUUUUUAAAGCACUGUUUCUCUGUAUACAAAAUGGGUAAAAAUCUUUUAAAAGCCUUGUGAUUGCUCAUUCCUAACUUUGGGACAGAACUCUCUCUCUCUCUCUCUCUCUCUCUCUCUCUCUCUCUCUCUCUCUCUCUCUCUCUCUCUCUCUCUCUCU